AUGAAAAGUCAGAUAAGAGCUGACAUCUGCAUUAAGACCCUCAGCAGUGUCAGUUAUUCACAAUCAUUCACUGAGAUGGAGAGGCCAAGACUUGCUUUGAUCGCACUCAUGUUUUUCCUGUUUUAUCUGAAAAUAAUCUAUGGAGAAGAAAUGGAGAUGAAAGUCAAACCAGGAGACAACAUCACUCUCUUUUGUGAUCGCUCUCUAACUCUUGGUUCUGUCGUUGUAUGGAUAAGAAACUGCUCUCAUGAAAACCAACCCUCUCUCAUAAUAGAUUUUAGGAAACUGGGCAUGGAGAUAUUUCAGCGAUUCAGCUUUAUCCACAACCUCUAUAAUAAUUCUUAUGAUCUACAUAUUACUAACAUCAGUGUAUCUGACCUGGGACUGUACUACUGUGCAAAACUAGAGAUAAAGGUAAAUGAAGAUGGAAAAGGCAUCAUCUCCUCAUCAGAUGUGUACUAUUAUGGAAACCAAACAAUUUGUCUUUCUCUGGGCGUGACCUCCUCUUCUGGACCCCUGAACACCACCUCUACCCCACCUCCUGUAUCAGACUGUGUGCUCUGCUGGACGCUGCUGUUCAGUGUGUGUCCAGUGUGUUGUCUCUUCAUAUGUCAGAUAAGAGCUGACAUCUGCAUUAAGACCCUCAGCAGUGUCAGUUAUUCACAAUCAUUCACUGAGAUGGAGAGGCCAAGACUUGCUUUGAUCGCACUCAUGUUUUUCCUGUUUUAUCUGAAAAUAAUCUAUGGAGAAGAAAUGGAGAUGAAAGUCAAACCAGGAGACAACAUCACUCUCUUUUGUGAUCGCUCUCUAACUCUUGGUUCUGUCGUUGUAUGGAUAAGAAACUGCUCUCAUGAAAACCAACCCUCUCUCAUAAUAGAUUUUAGGAAACUGGGCAUGGAGAUAUUUCAGCGAUUCAGCUUUAUCCACAACCUCUAUAAUAAUUCUUAUGAUCUACAUAUUACUAACAUCAGUGUAUCUGACCUGGGACUGUACUACUGUGCAAAACUAGAGAUAAAGGUAAAUGAAGAUGGAAAAGGCAUCAUCUCCUCAUCAGAUGUGUACUAUUAUGGAAACCAAACAAUUUGUCUUUCUCUGGGCGUGACCUCCUCUUCUGGACCCCUGAACACCACCUCCACCCCACCUCCUGUAUCAGACUGUGUGCUCUGCUGGACGCUGCUGUUCAGUGUGUGUCCAGUGUGUUGUCUCUUCUCCUCCAUCUGUGUAUUCUGCCUCUGUUGUAGGAAAGCUACAGAUUCUGCAACUGAUCAAAAACACAAGCUGAAAGGUAGAAAUAUUAUUGAGGAGAAUGAUGAUAGCGAGGUGUGUUAUGCAUCUGUGGACUUUAUGACCAGGAGACAAAACCGACACAAGAAAACACAAGUGCCGAGUUCAGAUAUCACUACUUACGCUCCUGUCAGAACAGAAACUGAAUAG